AUGGAUGAAAGUGAAAAAGAUGAUAUAUUUAAAAAAGCGAAAGAAGAAGCCAAGGUGAACUUGGACAAGAUAAUAAAGGAGGAGAUAGGAGAGUUUGGACGGUACCAGAAAAUGGCUUUGGCGCUGUGUUUGAUAGUGGCGCUGCUUAGUGGUUAUAGUGGAAAUGAAUGUCUGAUUCCCGAAUGCGAGACCGGAGAUUUUUCACCAUCCUGGCUGUCCCUAGCCAUACCCAGUGCCGGUGGUACCUUCGACAACUGUAGACGAUUCAACUCUUCAGGAGUUAGCUGCUCGGCAGACAAUUUCGACCGAGAUGACGUCGUGCGGUGCGAGGUCGAGUAUGUUUAUGAGAAGACUGACACUGUUGUCUAUGAAUUCAACCUGGCAUGCCAAGAAUGGCGUCGCUCGCUCAUCGGCUCAGUCUUCACGUUUGGCAAGAUGCUGGCCCUGCCAUUGACUGGCAUCAUCGCCGACAGAUAUGGCCGACGCACAGCCCUCGCCCUGAAUGCCUUCAAUUGUGCCUGGAUUGGCACAGCGAGGUCUUUCACGCAGUCCUAUGGCAGUUUCAUAGCCCUGGAGUAUUUGGAAGCCGCUUUUGGGGCUGCGGCUUUUUCAUGCGGUUAUACUAUUGUGAUGGAAUUCAUGGGGCCGAAGUACAGAGUUGCAGCUGGCGCGACGAUGUCUACUUUCUACGCUACAGGACUCAUUAUGCAAGCCCUUAUGGCUUGGGCCGUUCCUUACUGGAGGCACUUGACAUUAGCCUUAUUCAUACCGCAGCUGGUCACUGUUAUUUAUUUCUGGAUCAUGCCAGAAUCAGUACGAUGGUAUCUGAGCAAGGGCCGUUAUAAUGAAGCCGAAUCACAGUUAAAGAGAGCGGCUAAAAUGAACGGUAAAUUGCUAUCAGAAGCAUCGCUAGCUAAACUAAAAGAGAGCUCAGAAGAAGAGAGAAAGAUUACAGAAUUGAAGAAGGAACACAAGAUUAAGGAUCCCUGGCUAGUAACGCUUGUAUUCCAACAUAAGCCGAUUCUGCUGCGUUGUAUUAUAACACCAGUUUGGUGGAUCACGACCACUCUGGUAUACUAUAUAGUCCUCCUCAUCGUUUUCGAUGACGGCGUCCCCAGAUAA